AGCAGAACCAGCGCAUAAACCUAAUGUACACAGUUUACAGGUAUAAUAGGACUGUUUAUUAGAGCUGAGUAUACCACACGCCCAAACGCUUAACCAGAGCUCAGUCAGGCCUGUCAGUACUGAUACACACACAUACACCCUGAUCUAUUCAUUUAUUUAUUAGUGUUUUAUUACUAUUAGCAUUGUCUUUCUGCACAGACACAGGGUCCCGCCUGGUGGUCCGCGUUAACCUAAAGGAGAGGGCGGGACCGGGCUUUAACGGGAAGCGCGUGACGAGACGAGAGCUGCGGACGGAAGUGCGCUCCAUAGAGGAGAGCUGGAGGCUGCAGACGCGGUCGGGUCCGGUGAGACACAGAAUAACCGCGAGCCGGAGAAACCGGGUCAGACCGCGCUGUAAGCGAAAGGGCUCGAGGCGUGGAGGAGGAAACCAGGCCUUCCCGAGGUUUCGCGGCGGAGCGGGAGCGCGCGGCGGCGGCAGCAGCAGCAGCAGCAUCCUUCUCCGAGGCUUUAGCAGAGGAUGAGUGAAGAGGAGAACCCUGCUGCGGAGCCUUUGCCUGUGCAGGAUGUCCAGGGGGAUGGACGCUGGAUGUCUCAGCAUAACCGCUUCGUUCAGGAGUGUAAGGAUGCUGAGCCUGACGUGUUGUUUGUAGGUGACUCCAUGGUCCAGCUGAUGCAGCAGUAUGAGGUGUGGCGGGAGCUGUUUUCUCCUCUGCAUGCUCUAAAUUUUGGAAUUGGAGGAGACACCACAAAUAACGUUCUGUGGAGACUGCAGAACGGAGAACUGGAAAACAUCAGACCACGGGUGGUGGUUCUGUGGGUAGGUACCAAUAAUCAUGAACACACAGCAGAGCAGGUUACAGGGGGAAUUGUGGCCAUUGUCCAGCUGCUUCACUCUCGCCUGCCUAAGGCCAAGAUCAUCGUUCUGGCUCUACUGCCAAGGGGGGAACUGCCCAACCCCCUGAGGGAGAAAAAUUCAGCAGUGAAUAAUUAUCUCCGGGCUGCUCUCCCUCGUCUGGGACCCGUGCAGUUUCUGGAUGUAAGCGGAGGCUUUGUGCACUCGGACGGCACAGUUUCCUGUCGAGAUAUGUUUGACUUCCUUCACCUGACGGCCAGCGGCUACAGCGUUGUGGCCACACCCCUCCAUGAGCUGCUGCUUCAACUACUGGAGGAGACGCCUCAGGAGAGGCGGGCCUCGCUUGUCUGAAGGAAUUGAUUGAAGAUGAAAUCUGUCAGUCUUUGGAGAGGCGGAGCUAAAGAAGGUCACUUUCUAAAGCAGAAACUACCGUUUAACAUCACACACUGUAUGAGUAGUGUACAGAGAGAGACCACAUAGCAGAAAGAGAGAGAGAGAGAGAGGUGAAGAAGAUGAGUCUUAAUUUAAGAGAGAUGGAGAUUACAAAAUUACUGAUUUCCCCAAAUCCAAGAAUCUAAAAGUUCUGAAUGGUUUUGCAAUUAGCAUUAUGUUUUUCAAAUUCAUUUAAAGCCAUAAAUCUUUGAGUCAAAAAUUUUCAGGCAACUUUUGUACGGUGCAGAAGUCAGAGGCCACACUUCAUUUAUUUAAUGUACAUCUAAAGCAGUCUGUAAAUACAAGAUCUUUUUUUGAGGAGAUUCCGUGAGUGAUAAUCCACAUCUAUAAGGACAAGAGAAAGUGUGAGAUGCACUGUUUUCGAUAUCUAAAUCUGGAGAUUUAAAAGGGCAGAUGAAAUGAAAGCCCUAACAGCUGUCCAAGACCUAAUAGACCACCAAACCUCUCCCCAUCAGAAAAUUAGCGCUUAAUUAUUUCCUUUUUAAGAGAGAGGAGAAAGCCAAUCUCUACUUUUGCUUCAUCUGUAAAAACAAUCUGUGUGGAUUUUGGGCUGUUCUUCCACUGCCAGAAAAAAAAUUAACACUGUUGAUCAAAAAGCUCUUAUGAAUAAAAUAAAAAAAGAUAUAAAAAGUUAUUUAGAAAAUUCAGAUAAGCUGCGAACUAAUCACACCAGUUAGUGACUACCAAGUCCAGGCCUCCACAUUAUAAAAUAAAUGGAAGCUAAGCUAAUAGCAUGCAACCGUUUGGCGAUUAGUCAUAGUUGUUGAGUCUUCUGUGUCAUUUUUCUGUUACAUUUUUUUCCUAUUUUUUGUGAAGAAUAAGCCAGCACUUAUUGAUCAUUUAAACUGGAACUAACUGAAAAUAACUGAAGGGUACUUUGAUUUUUGCACUUUACUGUUACUUUUGAAUUUGUAUUUGUCUGGAUCCGGGAACAGAUUAAAUUAAAUUUAUUAUCAAGAAAAUAAUAUUACAAUAAGCCUAUGACAAAUAAAAAUUAAAAACUAUGACAAAUCUAAAUACAAAACAGUAUUAGCUAUAUAUACAUUCUAGAAGUGCUGCACUUUCCUUCAGUAUUUUAUUUUUAAAAAAUAUGUUUCUCAUUAGUUAAUGUUUCAUUUUACUUUCAUUUAAAUAUUUAUUUUAUUUCUAUUGUCUGAUUUACAUGAUCCCAAACAAUUUCAUGUCUGGUAUAUGAAAAGCCAUGUUGCACUUUCUCCAAACUGUAGUACUACUGUAUGCCUAUUGUUACAAUGUGUGGCUCUAAUUCCAACUGUUUAACAUCGUGGCAGGUGGAGGAUUGACUAUUAUUAUGCAUGAGCUCAUUAAAAUGUUGGUUUUGAUUGGCUGUCCCUGUUAAAUAUCCAGUUCAAGACCUGCUGGCCUCUAGAAAACACAUACCCUAUACUGGUCAAGAGCUAGUUAAUGAGCUAGCCUACCAGCAUAGGGUAAUUUUUCUUUUUUUUUUGAGCUGACAAUGAGGGGUCACAUAUAUAAGUAACAUACAGGAAAAAAGUGCAGCACUGCCAAUAUAGUUUCACACGUUUUAGUCUUUGGUGCUGUGUGUUUGUUUAUGUUUGUGAGGACUUUAUUAUGAAAAAUGUCCUCACAAAUUGGUCCCCACAAAAAUGUGAAAGAACAAAAUGUGUUUUCCCUUUUUUUUUUGUCUCAAAUUUGCACUUGUGUUUUACAUAGUGCACUAUUUAUUUACUCUCUUUAUUUUUUGUGUUAAGCUUUAAGGUUUGUUUAUUCUUUUUAAAGAAUAUUCUUUUUUGAUCAUCACAAAUAGAGUACAGCACUCUGUGUGUAUGUGUGUGUAGGUGUGUGUGUGUGUUAGUGUGGUGUUACCAGCCUCUGUGCUGCCUUACAUACUUAUUAGCCGUAUGACGCUUUAAUGUAGCACUGAUACUGCCAGGUUCUCUGUGCCUUCACACACACAGACACACACACACACAGACACACACACACACACACACACAGACAAAGAGAUGUGCAGAUGUCUGUAUUCUCACACACACUUUAGCAGAAAGUUGUGUAGGUCUACAUGUUUUCAGUAUUAGAUAUUGCUAAAUGAAGAUGCUAAUGCUAACACCUUUAUUAUGGUUAUUAUUAUUUCUCUCUGACUUGGGCUCCUUCACCAUCUCCCUCUCUCUCUCUGUCUCUCUCUCUCUCUCUCUUUUUUGUCCCCAAACAAUAGCUACAGUCUCUCUGAUGCUCUCUCGCUCUCUUUCCACCACCGCCACUCACCAUUUGAUUGUUUACUGUGUACAGUCGUUUCUCUGUUCCAGUGGACAUUUGACCUGUAUUUGAAACUGCUUAGCACUGGGCUACACCACACCAUCUGCUAAAGUCACAUUGUGUGUGUGAGUGUGUGUGUGUGAGUGUGUGUGUGUAAGGGACAAACGCAGAGACCUAUAAUGUAAGACCAUGCUGUCUUAAAGCUGUGUAUUCAUUUAUUAUGUAUGGGAGUUAGGUGUGUAUGAGUGUGAGAGAGAGAUUAAACAUGUCUGAACAUGCCUGAAGUGUGUUUGGAAACCGUGUGUGUGGGCAUAUUAAAGUCUGUGUAAAUUCUUGUGUAACUGGUGAUGUAAAUGGAAAUAUGUGUGUGUGUGUGUGUGUGUGUGUGUGUGUGUUCAUGUUAGCCACUGAGCUUGCACUGUUUAGUUUAGCUGCACUGCCACACACUAAAAAAAACAUUCUAUUAAAGAUGCAGGGAUGUUACCUCA